UUAAGAGAAACGAUAUAAAUUAAAUAUAUAGUAGUAUUUAUACAAUCAUUAAAAUGCUUUCCCGCAACAUACGUUAUGUAUGUCGUCGGUACAGUCAAGCUGUUACAUUUAGAACAAAUGAGGCAUCACCUACACAGCACAAUGAAAAUCAAAUCGGCUUAUUUUACACAGUUGACAAAGAUUUGUGCAAACAAUUAUACGGCCAUGGAGGACUACCAAAGUCUUUCAAGAAGCAAACAAAAACAUUUGCUGAAACAUCAAUAAUGGUCCGUCAACCAAGUUUGGAUAUAAUUGAAUGUAUUAGAGCUUCUGAUUUCAACAAGCCUGCUAUUAGAUACGUAUUAUAUGGUGAGGAAGGAACAGGAAAGUCAAUGACCAUUGCACAUCUGCUUCACUAUGCAUUUGAAGAAGGAUAUCUGAUUGUACAUGUUCCUUGGGUAUCUGACUGGCUACGACGUGUGCCCCGUACCAAGGAAAUGUCGAACUCAACCACUCGUGAGGGUUUUGUUGAUCUGCCGCUUGACGCAGCUGCCUGGUUGUUGCAUUUCAAGACACAGAACCAACACUUACUGAAAACACCUGAGUUAAAAGUAACGAAAGAGUAUGUCUGGAGUAAACGUGAGAAGACUGAAGCUGGAGCGCCUCUAUUAGAGCUGGUUGAGCAUGGGAUAACGAGAGUCAAAUAUGCUUGUGAUGUUGUUGAUGCCAUUGUACAUGAGGUUAAGCAGCUGUCAAAUCAAAAAGUAUGCAAGACCUUUGUUGCGAUUGAUGGGUGUAAUGGUUUCUUCAACCCCACCACUCCGUUACAAACACCAACAAAAAAGAAGGUGGCACCUGAAGAAGUCACUCUUACUACAUCAUUUUUGGAGCUCACUAAAAAUGACUGGAGCAAUGGAGUGAUGGUGGUAACUGCAGAUGCAAUUGCCAAUCCAGAUGGCGAAAGAGGAACGUAUUUACCUAAACAAUUACUGUUUCGAAAGGGAUUUGACCACUUGGACCCAUUUGUGCCAAUCAGAGUUGAUCGCUACACUGACAGGGAAUUCCUAACAUGCUCCAACUACUACAGGGACAGGUUAUGGCUGAGAGGACCCCCUGAAACUGAAACAGAACUCAAACUCACAAGCGCAUGCAAUCCUUUUAGAUUUAUGGAACUGUGUGCGCCAUUGUAAAUUAUGAAUUAACUAGUCAAUAAAGUAGUCUAUUAUUA